UUUUUGUUUUAUCUCGCACAAAAAUCGCUCCUUUUUCUCACCCAAAGCAAUGGCGAAAUUUCUCCCCCUCCUCCUCGUCGUCUCCUUCUUCUCCCUCUCCCUCCCAUCCCUCUCCGAAAACCCUAACCCUAACCCUAACCCUAAAAGCAUCUCCGCCUACGACGAGCUCAGGCUCAGUGGCUUCCCCAUCGGCCUCCUCCCCAGCAACGUCCGCGGCUACUCCCUCAACCGCACCUCCGGCGACUUCUCCGUCGAGCUCCUUCACCGCUGCCGCAUCACCCUCCCCCCCGACAACUACCUCGCCGCGUACUCCCCGAGGAUCACCGGGAAUCUCUCCGGCGGACGGAUCUCCGGCCUCGACGGCAUCCGGGUGAGGGCCUUCUUCCGGUGGUGGUCCAUCACCGCGAUCCGGGCCUCCGGCGACGACCUCGUCUUCGAGGUCGGGGUCGCUUCGGCGAAGUACCCGUCGAAGAACUUCGACGAGAGCCCCGAGUGCGAGGGCGGAAACCCUAGCAAGGCCGCGUCCUGAGGACUUGGAUUUCGUGGUUCGGUAAACAGGGGUUUCUCUUGUCUCUUUCACAGUAAAACAUUGUCAUUACUUAUUCCCACAGUUACGUAUAGUUCAACUUUGCUGCCUCAAUGAUGCCGGUCAAUCUAGUAACACGAAGCAGAACAUUAUUAAUUCGUCUGUAAUGUUGUUCAUGAUGAUUAUCAUUGCACUCCCAUUUUGUUACCUUUCAACAAUGCAUUCUCUCAUAUUUUCAUCUCCGACUCGAUGCUUAUCAAUUAUUAUUACAUAAUAUGAACCUACUUUUCUAGUCA